GGCUUGGCCGGAGGAGAGCGAGAUGGUCGGCCGAUUGAGGGCCACUAGAGUGAGCCACCUUCCUGCCACCAUGCAUGAGAGGAUUGACUCGACGCUGAUCACGGCUUUCGUUGAGCGAUGGCAGCCGGACACGAACUCUUUCCACCUUCCGUUCGGUGAGAUGACGAUCAUGUUGCAUGACGUCGAGGCCAUCCUUGGAUUCCCGUAGAGGGAAACCGAGCAUCUGUUGUCACAGAUGCGGAUCAGGCAGAUUUAUUGGCGGAGCUGUUGGCGGUGGAUAGGGCUGCGCUGUACACAGCGGCACUUGGUGUGUGGGAUCACGGCGGUGUUAAGAUCGCAGCAGUUUUGCAGCGAUGUUUGCACCCCACUUCACGUAGGACGCAGGACACACAGCUGGCUGCAUAUGUUUUUCUUCUUCUCGGGUGUACCUUGUUUCCGGAUAAGAGCGGAAACAAGCUCAGGCCACGCGACAUAGUUGACGCGUGUGAGCCCGACAGAGUAGGCCAGUUUUCUUGGGGGUCGGCUACAUUAGCGUACAUGUAUCGCCAGUUAGGAUUCUCGAGCCGGGCUGAUGCGGCAGGUAUCACUGGAUGUAUGACGUUGUUACAGACGUGGAUAUACGAGUAUUUCCCGGCGUUUCGACCACACCGCGACCCGGUUCCUAUUGGGGAUGGCCAGCCACGUGCCUGUGCGUGGAGUCCGCGUGUCGAGAAGAAGUCCAUUGACCGCCUGCGAUCGAUACGGUUAUUGCUUGACAGGAUGUCCCCAUUAGAGGUGAACUGGAUGCCUUUCGGCCAGAACCCUAGUAAUAGGGUACCCAGGACCCUCUACACGGGACUGAUUCAGUAUCGUGAGAUCGUAGAGGCGUACAUGCCGCAGCGCUGUCUUCGCCAGCUUGGAUAUGUCCAAGUUGUUCCUCCUCCACCAGCAUGGCCCAGUAAGGCCGUCCGAUCUGCGUCGUUGAAGGAGUACGUCGUCCAAUGGCCGGCAAGCAUGAUUGGCACGUGGGAGCAGUUUCCGAUGGUUGCCCGCAUAUGGAUUGAGCAGUUGCAGCGGCCGCCAACUGGGGUGGCUGCCAUGUGUGACCAGCACUACAUGGAGUGGUACAACCGGCACUCGCACCCGAGGUUGAUCAGAGACGUCCACCACGGCGACGACGCCGAUGAUGAUGAUGUGCCACCGCCCACUGCCGUGGAUGCGUGGAUGGGAAAGAUGACGCAGUUGGGACACAGACUUUUUGAGGAGAGGGACAACAUGACGACUGCAACAGGCAGAGCUGUUAUUGAUGAACUGGAACGGGCCCUUGAGCAGUGGCAGUGGGCGUCACAGAGAGAUUAUUGAUAUGUCGGCAGUGCAUUUAUAAAACAUUUUCCUAGUUGUUUGUAAAAGUUAACAUUAUCUGUUCUUAUAAUUAUUAUUUUAAGUUCUUAGAAUUUGACAUUAUAUUUUUAGUUUUUAUAACUUUUAUUUUAAGUUGUAAUUAGUGGGCAUACGAAAACUAAAUACAGGUUCACAUUUAAAUGGGAAAACUAAAUACGAAAAUUAGAA